AUGCAGAAGGGUAUCGUAAAAGUGAACGGAGUGCCGACCUACGUGGCCACCUGGGGAGCGUGGAUUGAAGACGAUUUGAAAAACCACCAAAACCUUAUCGUUUGCAUAUCAGGUAACCCCGGAGUCACAAGCUUUUAUAAUGAAUUCUUGGAAACAUUGUAUGGAACUUUGGACAUGCCGGUGUGGAUACUGUCACACGCUGGGCAUGAAGUUGGACAAGAUGUGACAAUUCCUCCGUUAUCCGGAAAUCGUGAACUAUAUAAUCUGGAGGGGCAAAUAAAACAUAAGAUUGAAUUUUUAAAAAAGUAUGUGCCGCCUCAUGUUAAUAUAUACUUCAUUGGACAUUCUAUUGGUAGUUACAUGAUUCUCAGAGUUUUAAAACAAUUUCCAGAAAUCAAAGGAAGAGUGAUUAAAGCAUAUAUGCUAUUUCCUACAAUACAAAAAAUGAGGGACUCUCCAAAUGGAAAGUUUUUUUCUGGAGUGAUACAAUAUAUAGUUCCCAUCAUUGUUUUUCUCUCUUGGAUUUUUACACUUCUUCCUUUGGUUGUAAGAAAGACACUUUUAUACGGUUACUUCACUAUUCAAUCCACAAAAAAAGACAUGAUACGACCUACUAUGAAAUUAAUCAAUCCACGUGCCUUACGAAAUGUUUUUUUCCUUGCCAAGGAAGAAAUGGAUGUGGUUACUGAACUGGACCCUGAUCUCAUUAAUAAUGUUGUAGAUAAGCUAUUUUUUUAUUUUAGUACAAGUGAUGGCUGGGUUCCUCUUAGUUACUACGAAGAUUUAAAGAAAUCUCAUCCUCGAAUACAUGCACUAACAACCAAUCACAGACAUGCUUUCGUUUUAGAUUCUGGAAGAGAAGUAGGAUAUUGUGUUAGCAAAUGGAUAAAGUCAGAGAGUAGUGGUCUAAAACCUAAUACUUUACAAAGUUGAUUUUCUUCCAGGAAGUGUUAAACAUGCAUUUUAUUUUAUUAAGUUGUUAAUAUCUGGAGACUUUCUUUUAAGAGUCUUUAACUGGUGGUGAAAAUGUGGUGGUAUUGUUUGCUUUGAUAUGGAGCAAAAAAUGUUUAGAUAGUAGAGACACAGGAGAUAAUCUCAAAAAGAUAAAUGAGACAAGUGUUGUAGCAACAAGUACAUAUACUUGUUAAUUUUUUUAAAGUAUUCAACCAAAUGAGAUCAUGAAUUAAAGCACAUAUCUAGCCUCAAAACCUAUCAAACCAUAAAAAAAAUUGUCAAUUUACUAAUAAAAUAUUGAUCUUAAGGAUGUUUAAUAUGUUGAUUCAAGUUAUAAUGUAAGAAAAUUAAGAAGCAAUUCAAGAGAAGAAAUCUGAUUUUGACAUUAACAUAUCUCUGCUCAUAGGUUAUCAAUACUUUUACUUUUGUAUUCUUCUCCUGGAAACGGGAAAUGCCUGAAGGAAAUCUAUGCGCUGUAUCUGGGGGUGGCCAACCUGUAGGCUAUAUGUAGUGUGCCGUGUGUCACCUAGUGGCCCUUAGAGGAAAUUGAAUUAGUAUUUAUACUUCAAUUUUGUUUUAUUAUCUCUUAUACAACUUGCUUUAAUAAUAAUAAUGGUUGUGAAGCUCCACAGGAAUUCUCAUACCGCAGAAAAGAUUGGCAACCCAUGCUGUAGAUUGGAUUUAUAUUUUAACUAUUGUUUUUCAUAUUUAUUCUUUAUAGAGUUUGUUAUAUUGUUUAUAUGACUUUUAUUUUAUUACACAAUAUAAAGCCAAUUAUGUUAUUAGGAAUGCCAUGUGUGUAACUAGAUUGGAUUCAAAUAUUUUUAGUUGUUUUAAAAAGCCAAAAAAAAAUUGUAAAUAAUGGAUUUUAUUUGAAAUAAAGCAGUCCAUUAAAAAUGUAGACAACUGAGUGUUGUUUGAUGUAAUUCCAUAGCAUUUCAAAACGUGUUAUUUCCCAAGAUAUCAGCCUUGCUUCCAGUCUGUUUGAAAUGUGAUAUGGACAGAAAACUUGUCCAUAACAGUUUUGUUAACAUUUUAAUAUUGUUCGCAAAACAAAGGAAUUCAACAAAACAAUGAAAACCUGUUUGAAUGUUUUGUAAAUGACAACAUAAUGACAAAAUAUUUAAUUUUUAUCCUUUUAGGUGUGAUAUGUGAUGCAUUAAUAUUGUGAAACCAGGUAAAGAAAUUAUGAUAGUUUGUAAUUUGUAAACUUUGUUCAGUUGAUGUGAAACAAUCUAUUUUUCAUUUUUGGCUUGGAUAUUAUUAUUUUAUAACAUUUUGUGAUUAUCUAUGCUAUUAAAGACAUUUAUUAAUGUUAUGUAAUUUAAGAUA